AUGUCUAUCAUAAAUAUACUUUUUUUUUCCAGAUGGCAUGUCAGAACAAAAGAAAAUAUAGCAAGAGUUAGAAAGGAUGAAGCAGAAGCUGCUGAAAAAGAAAGACAAGAGAAAAUACGCAUUGAAACAGCCAAUCGUGAAGCCAGACUUAAUGUUUUGAAACAAAAGAGCAAAGAGAAGUUAAGUGCAUUAGGUGUUGAUAAAGAAAAAUUAAAUAAACAAACUACUGAAGUUCCUGAACACAUUAAUUUAUUUACAGAUAUUGAUCAUUCUGUCAGCACUGUCAAUAAAGAGCAUGAAAAGGAAUUAAAAGAAAAACAAGAAGAAUAUGAGAAAAACAUUGGAUAUUUGACAUACCUUGGACAAAAUACCAAUGAGUCACUUAAAAAGAAAAAUUGGUAUGAAGUAGCUUCCAGUGCCAGAUUCUCAGAAUCAGCUAACAUUAAAGAUUCUUAUGAAAAAUUGGUCCUAAAAGAUGUUGAUGGAAAACCUAGGAAGAAACAUGUAGAUGUCCAUAAUGGUGAAUAUGACUGGAAAGCAAAACAGAGACAUGAUCCAAUUAACAAAUUUAAAAAAUAUUGUAGAGAUAAAAUUAUUGCUAAUGAUAAAAUGAAACUUGAUAAUGAUAAUAGUGACAAGAGUCAAAAUAAAACUAAUAAAAGUAAAGAUAUUUCAUCAGACAAAUAUAAAAACCUUCAAAAGCUACGAGAAGCUCGCCUUAAGAGAGAACAAGCAGAAAAAUAUAAAACAGAAUUAUUUUUAAGUGGAUUCACAAACACUACUUUAACUUGCCAACCUGAAGCAACAAGUAAUAUGGCUAAAAUAAAACCAAAAUACAAUUCACAGUUCAACCCAGAACUUGCCAGACAAAACUACAGAGAUUGA